CGCUGUAUGCAGUUCUGGUACACCGCAAAUUUUAUGUCACGAUGCCUCCGAACCUAAAUGCAGCAGCUCUCGAUCCCAUCCGAAAUGUUGUCAGCGCUUCUUUUCUCUAUCCCUUCAAGGGGAUAUUGUACUUCUGUACCAAGCGAGAGUACUGGCCUCUCUUCGGUCGACGGUUAAUACCUCUGACCAUCCUCUCCAUCGUUGUCCUCGCCCUCUUAUUUACCUUUACAUACUUGCCUCAGGCGGCUUUCUUACUCAUAUUCCAUGGCCCUACGGCAUGGGUUAGUGCCGUAUUUCUCGUCUUGGGGGAGGGCAACCUCUUGAUCGCUUUGCUCUUUGAGGGAUUUCUGGUUGACGAGACUUUGGUGGAUGUUUUCGACGUUUGUCACCUCCGCUCUCUCAUCCACUUCCUGCGGGUGUCUGUGGUUAAAACUCAUGUUGACUGAUCUUUCAGGCCACCUUAAUCCGCGAAGGUCAAAUUGACCUCGUCUCCCCCUCCAGACUCCUCCACCACGAUGCGCCCACGGCCGUGAAAAUGCUCGGGAAACCCACCACGUCUGCCGUCUACUCGCCCUUCUCCUUCCGGCAGAUCGCAGAGUUCAUACUCUUCCUCCCGCUCAACUUGAUACCCGUGAUUGGUGUGCCCUUCUUCCUGGUUCUCACGGGCGCGAGAGCAGGCCCUCUACAUCACUGGAGGUGGUUCAAGUUGCGAGGACUGACCAAGAAAGAAAGGAAUAAAGAGAUAGCGAAAAGGAAAUGGAAAUAUACUUGGUACACUCCGUCUUCUGGCCGCUAUGUCCGGGGAGAUGCUGACGAAAAUCCAGGUUUGGGACAAUGGCCUUGCUUCUGCAGCUUGUUCCUGUCUUCUCCAUGUUCUUCCUUUUGACAUCGGCAUGUGGCUCGGCUUUAUGGGUUGUGAAGCUUGAGGAGCAGAGAAGAUUGCUUGAAGAAGCUCCUAGAUUGACGGAUGACGGAGCACCGCCUCCUUACACUGAUGAUCCUAUAUAGAUUACACUACUGACACGUGAUUAUGAGAUUAUGCAACGUUACC